AUGACGCCAAACUCUUCGGCGCCGUCUGGCCUGUCCGCCCGGGCUCUACACCACGCGCAGGUCGCUCUGGUUGGCGCCCCGGCCUUCAUCAUCUUUGGAUAUAACCAAGUUGGCCUUGGUCCUCUAGCGACUCUUGAGAGCUGGGUUAAGACGUUUCCGCAGAUUGACACCAUCCAUGCCACCGGAGCACUGGAAUUACACAACUCCACCAGCAAGGGAGCCGUGAUCGCGUCGUUCCAAAUCGGCGCCUUGAUCGGGGCGCUCUCGUGCACAUUCAUUUCCGAUCGUAUCGGCCGCCGGAAGACGAUUUUCGUCGGGGCGAUCCUCACUAUCAUAGGGCAGAUCUUGCAGGUGGCGUCCUUUGGGCUGAUCCAGUUCGUGGUGGGCCGCAUUCUGUUGGGCAUGGGAGUUGGCCAGUUCAGUGUCGCGGUGCCGGUCUGGCAGUCAGAAUGCUCGCCUGCGAAAAACCGUGGCCAGCAUGUCAUUAUCGACGGGAUUUUCAUCUGUCUUGGAUAUGCACUGUGCAACUGGAUUGAGUUUGGCCUGAGCCAGAUCCCCGAAAGCACCACGCAAUGGCGCGUCCCUCUCGCCCUCUCUCUGUUUCCCUCGCUGGUCAUCUUGCUGUCGGUCUUCUUCCUUCCCGAAUCCCCGCGCUGGCUGGUCCAGGUGAACCGCGUCGAAGAAGCAAGCCAUAGUCUCGCGGCUCUCAAGGGCACGUCCCCCACGGAUGAGAGUGUUCGACUGGAGAUUGCCGGAAUCGAGACCAGCUUGGAAAUGACGGCGCACUCGAAAGGGUCAUUGAUGGAAAUGUUUUCGAAGGACGACCAGGAGAAGCUCUUCUACCGGUUCAGUCUGUGCAUUAUCUUGCAAUUCUUCCAGCAGAUGUGCGGCGGAAACCUCAUCUCGGUCUACGCCUCCACCAUCUUCCAGCAGAACCUGGGCAUGAGUGCCCGUCUGGCCAAAAUCCUUGCCUCGUGUGCUCUCACCUGGAAGUUUCUGUGCUGUUUCAUUGCAUUCUUCACCAUUGACCGUCUGGGCCGUCGCGUCGUCUUCAUCGUCAGCGGCGCCGGGAUGGCGGUUUGCAUGACCGCGCUGGCCAUCACCAACAGCAUGGGAUCCAGCAACCAGGGCGCAUCGAUUGCGUCUGUGAUUUUCAUCUUCCUCUUCAACCUGUUCUACCCCAUCGGCUUCCUCGGCGGCAAUUUCUUGUACUGCACCGAAGUAGCUCCCGUGCGUCUGCGGGUCGCUAUGUCUGCUGUCUCCACCGCCAAUCACUGGCUGUGGAAUUUCGUCGUCGUCAUGGUCACUCCGGUUGCAUUGGACACCAUUGGCUAUCGGUACUAUGUUAUGUAUGCAGUGCUGUCGGCCUGCAUCCCAGCGCUGGUGUAUUUCCUGUAUCCGGAGACCAUGAACCGCAACCUGGAGUUGAUCAAUAACGUCUUCCGCGACGCCUCCUCGCCUUGGGAAAUCGUGUCCAUGGCGAAGAAUUUGCCCGAGGGCGAGAUUCCCGAAGCACAGCUAAUUGCCAUGGCAAAGAAGGGAGAUGGCUGCUCCGUGGAAAUGGAGGAGAAUGUUUAA